CAUUGCAACACAUGUGCAUGACAUCAUUUCGACGCAUUCCGGGCCGAAAAGAGUUUUUAUAAAAGCGUCUUUUUAUUGUCGCUUUUCUAUCCAAAAUGGGUUCUUUAUCCUCUAAACAAUUAUCUCCAGAAGAAAUGUCCAAGGUCGAACAACUUGUCGAAGAAGUCAUCAAGAGCAACAAGAUUGCUGUGUUCUCUAAAUCUUACUGCCCUUACUGUGUCAAGGCAAAGAAUUUGCUUAAAGAACUCGGUCUUGAAUUCUUUGUUAUCGAACUCGAUAAUGAAGCCAAUGGUGCUGCUAUUCAACAAUAUCUUGCCGAAAAGACUGGUCAACGUACUGUUCCCAAUAUCUUUAUCAAUCAACAACAUGUAGGUGGUUGUGAUGAUCUUUUUGCUGCCAAGUCUUCUGGUAAACUUCAAAAGCUACUUCAAUAAAUUAUCAUCAUGUAAAUACGCUUAUUUCAAAAAGUAAAGUCGCUGAUGUUGAGUUUGAUGUCUUGCAAGAGAAAGACUUGAUAGUAGCUUUCAUAAGUAGAUGUCGCUCUGGUGGCAGACCAGAUGUUGCGUCUUUCUGGGAUAUAUAAAGUGCACUAGAAUUAUUCGCCUCGGAAUGUCUUCUCUUACCACGAUCACACCGGAGUCUUCAUCAUAGUGAGUGCUCAAUUUUUAUACAAAGAUCGAAAAGAAACUGUUGUUGAUGAGCUCGGCAGACUCAAGCCUGUGCAUUAUAGUGUUGACAAGGAGCAAUUUUAUCUUAUCAAACGCAAAUCAUCGUACUAUCAAUGCUCUUUAUAUAUAUAUAUAUAUAUAUAUAU